GUAUAACGCAGGUGUUCUCUUUCUCUUACGUUUCUUUGCUUCGACUUCGCGAUCUAAUAUGGAAAAAAUCGAGGGUUACGUUUUCACUGCUCUCUGCAGCACCAAUUUUUUGAUGUCUUGCCUCAUUUUCUCCAAAGUCACCCGGGAGCAAAGGCAGUCGUACAUGGACGAGAUUUUCCAUGUCCCGCAAGCACAGAAAUACUGCGAUGGAAAAUUCAACGAGUGGGACCCGAUGAUUACCACUCUCCCAGGGCUUUACCUUGCCUCUGUCGGAGUGAUCAAGCCUGUGGUAUGGCUCGUUGAUUUGUCUGGUAAGGUUGUUUGUUCUACGGCCAUGCUGCGCUUUGUCAACCUGCUCUUCAACUGUGGCAACCUCUACCUCCUCUACUUAAUCAUCUGCAGGCUGCACUUCAGGGAGAAGACACGGUCAGCGUCACGCAGAGUCCUCUCAGCUUUGUCCUUGUCCACCUUUCCUGUACUCUACUUUUUCAACUUCCUCUACUACACCGAUGCUGGAUCUACCUUUUUCAUCCUCUUCACCUAUCUAAUGACACUCUAUGGUUGCCACAAGGCUUCAGCGCUCCUCGGUGUCUGCGCUGUGCUCUUCCGCCAGACCAACAUCAUCUGGGUGGUGUUCAGUGCUGGCACGGUGGUGGCUGGCAAAAUGGAUGACACCUGGAAGACAGAGCAGACGAAAAAAAAAGAUGAGAGGUCCACCCAGAUCCCACUGUCAGUCAGCGGGGUCAAGAGAGUGAUGCUGUUUGCAUUGGAGUUCUUCACGUCACCCUGUCAUGUGAAGGCAGUGCUGUUGAUGGUCUGGCCCUACAUACUGGUGGCCGUAGGUUUCCUGGUAUUUGUGGUGCUGAAUGACGGGAUAGUGGUGGGGGACAAGACAAGCCACGAAGCCUGCCUCAACUUCCCCCAGCUCUUCUAUUUCUUCUCUUUCACCCUGUUCUUCUCUCUACCCACCUCCCUUUGUUACAACCGCAUCAUCCGCUUCCUACUGUCUCUGAGGAAACAGCCAUUGUUUUUUCUCUGCGUCACGGGCCUCUGCUUGCUCCUGGUAUGGAAGUUCACCUACGUCCACAAAUACCUCCUAGCGGACAACCGCCAUUUUCCCUUCUACGUGUGGAGGAAGCUCUUCCAGAGGCACGAGCUGGUGCGCUUCCUCCUCGUCCCCAUGUACGUGUUCGCUGGGUGGAACUUUCUGGACUCGCUCAGGUCGCGCUCACUCUUCUGGAGCCUGGCAUUCAUGGUGUGCCUCCUGACUGCCACGGUGCCACAGAAGCUUCUGGAGUUUAGGUACUUUAUCGUUCCCUACCUGAUGUACCGCCUCCACAUGCCCCUGCCCUCACUUCCUCGACUCCUCCUGGAGUUCCUCUUGUACACGGUGGUCAACACAGCCACGCUUUACAUCUUUAUCAACAAGACUUUCCACUGGCCCGACAGUGACGCUACACAAAGGUUCAUGUGGUGA